AUGGCAACGAUUCUUGUAAGGAGAAAUAACUGCACGGUGGCACAUGAUUUAAGAGUCGAUUUGAAAUGCAGUACUUUCCUCGAAGUUUGCAACUCACCUUUCUUCUUCAACACCUUCUUCUCCAUUGCUUUCCCCAAAGAAAAACAAAAACUAGUGACCAAGAAGAAGAAACAGAGCUGUAAUGACAAACCACCACCAAUGGGUCUAUCUUGCAAUAUUUGUUAUGCUGUUAUUAUCUUUUUCAUAGCCUCAGUAUCCUUCUUUGACGAUGCCCAAUUUUCACGUCCAAUGGCAAUGUUAAGUACUUCUUGGAUCAACAAGCCCUCAAUUUACAUUGAACUUACCGAUUUUGUUGGUUUAAGUCUCACACCCGUCCUCGAAGGAUCAUCCAAGGGCUCACAUUUGAUCUGUGGUUUCUAUUGCCCUACUCAACAAACUCAGGCAUGCCUCUUUGGUGUUGUACUUUUCCGUAGUAGAUAUUAUUUUAGCGACAACUCGCCUUCUAUAAUUGUACCGGAACUAGUUUGGUCUGCUAAUCCGGACCGUCCUGUUCAAAUUGACGCCACCUUACAACUCACUGGAGAUGGAGAUUUGAUAUUGCAUGACACAGAUGGCACUUUCGUAUGGUCUACCAACACAUCAGGAAAGUCCGUCUUCGGCAUGAAUUUCACUGAAUUGGGAAACCUGGUCCUCUUUGAUCAAAACAAUGCCACGGUUUGGCAGUCGUUUGAUCACCCAACUGACUCCUUGCUUGUUGGCCAGACUUGAUCUCGUAGCCAGAAGCUCACCUCCAGCAAAUCCGUAUUGAACUUGACUCCAGGUUUGUUCUCUCUUAAAGUUCACGAUUAUUACAAUAUGGUGGUGGCUUAUGUAGAAUCCAAUCCACCCUUGCCCUAUUUUAAAUCCUAUGUACGAGUGAAAUACGUUAAAUUCGAGAAAGAAAGUUUUUUGGGGCAGACAAUCCUUGUUGCAUCAUCGUCGUCACCUCAUCGUCAGUUCAUAAGGUUAGAUCCUGAUGGGCAUUUGAAGGCUUAUAAGUGGGAUGGAUUGAAUUGGAAUGUGAUGGCUGAUCUGAUGACGUCAGAUAUUGGUGACUGCGGUUAUCCCAUGGUGUGAGGGCCGGCCUUGAG